AUGUCUGCGAAGAGCAUCCUCGAGGCCGACGGCAAGGCCAUCCUCAACUACCACCUCACCCGUGCCCCCGUCAUCAAGCCCAGCACGCUACCAAACCCGACCAAGCACAACCCUCCUCCCAGACUUGCUUCCCUCCACUUCGCCGAGGAUGCCGAUGUGAACGGUGUUCUCAGCCAGGCUGAGGUCACCUACCCUUGGCUCCUCCAGGAGGGCGCCCGCUUCGUCGCCAAGCCCGAUCAGUUGAUCAAGCGCCGUGGCAAGAGCGGUCUCCUUGCUCUCAACAAGACCUGGGCUGAGGCCAAGGCCUGGAUUGCUGAGCGCGCCGGUAAGCCUCAGAAGGUCGAGCACACAGAGGGCGUCCUUCGCCAGUUCCUUGUUGAGCCGUUCGUGCCCCAUCCCCAGGAAACCGAGUAUUAUAUCAACAUCAACUCCGUUCGUGAUGGUGACUGGAUUCUCUUCUACCACGAGGGUGGUGUUGAUGUCGGUGACGUCGAUGCGAAGGCCGAGAAGAUCCUGAUCCCCGUCGACCUUUCACAAUACCCUUCCAACGAGGAGCUUGCGAGCACACUGCUCAAGCAUGUUCCCAAGGGCAUUCACAAUGUCCUUGUUGACUUCAUUGCCCGUCUCUAUGCCGUCUAUGUGGACUGCCAGUUCACCUACCUCGAGAUCAACCCCUUGGUUGUGAUUCCCAACGAGGAUGCCACCUCUGCCGAGGUUCACUUCCUCGAUCUUGCUGCUAAGCUCGACCAAACGGCCGACUUCGAGUGCGGCAACAAGUGGGCUAUCGCCCGCUCUCCCGCCGCCUUGGGCAUUGUUGCUCAGAGCUCUAACACCGGUGUCAACAUCGAUGCCGGCCCGCCCAUUGAGUUCCCCGCUCCCUUCGGCCGUGAGCUCUCCAAGGAGGAGGCUUACAUUGCUGAGCUUGAUGCCAAGACUGGUGCCUCGCUCAAGCUAACUGUCCUGAACCCCAAUGGCCGUAUCUGGACUCUCGUCGCUGGUGGUGGUGCCUCCGUGGUUUACGCCGAUGCCAUCGCCUCGGCUGGUUUUGCUGAUGAGCUUGCCAACUACGGUGAGUACUCUGGUGCUCCCACCGAGUCUCAGACCUACCACUACGCUCGCACUGUUCUCGACCUCAUGCUCCGUGCUCCUGUGUCUGAGAAGGGUAAGGUCCUUUUCAUCGGUGGUGGUAUUGCCAACUUCACCAACGUCGCUAGCACUUUCAAGGGUGUCAUCAAGGCUCUUAGGGAGUAUGGCAAGGCUCUCAUCGAGCACAACACUCAGAUCUGGGUCCGUCGUGCCGGUCCCAACUACCAGGAGGGUCUCAAGAACCUCAAGGCUGCGACACAAGAGCUCGGGCUCAACGCCAAGAUCUUUGGCCCUGAGAUGCACGUCAGUGGUAUCGUGCCUCUGGCAUUGGUCCCUGGCAAGUGGGAGGAGAGCGGUGCGGUGGAGUUCCAAGCUUAAAAGGCUGAUGGGUGUGGCGCACAUGGUAUUAUAAAUAUUUCAUUUCUGGUCAGGGAACGGGGAGCGGGUUUGGUUCAUUUUAUCCUGGUGCAUUUAAUGCGGACAUGACAGAAGAUCCCAAUAGAGCGAGAACUCGCAUGGAAAGUUGUACACAAAAGCUUAUCUCAGAUGAAAGGUCGGCAUGUGAAGAUGACAUGGUGUCAUUGACCUCAGAUAAUUACCCAUGAAGCGUUGGUUGUAAGGUGGUGAUGUGUAUCUUGUUGAGGCUCGUCCAGCUAAGCACGAAACGUAUCUACUUGAAUUUACAAUACUACUAGUUUCAGUUCUCGGCA